CUUAGGGUUCGACAGCUCUCUGUCUUUCUCAAACCCUGGAUCUUACUGAGUGUAGCUAUGGGGAAUCAGCAAGCGUGCCACUGCCAGGACCAACUGCAACCGAUGAACAUGAGGGAGACGGGCGGGAAGGCAUGGAGUUGCUGUAGAUGCGGCCUCCUCUUCACAUCGAGGAGCAACCUUCUCGCCUGCAACUUGAUAUCGCCGUCACUUGAGGGGGCACCCUGCGCACUAUCGCCACCAGCUCCACCUCCUUCAGGAGCCCGACAUCUACAGGAGCCUCAUCUACCCAGAAGUGCAACUUCAACGCCCACGUUUUAUGCGCUUACAUGCCUCAGACGGUGAGCAGCUGCACCCACGAGCACCCCCUCAACCUCCGCUUCCUCCCUUCCCUCGUAGUCAAGAUGACUUCUGUAACGCUUGCGGGUUUUGUAUACGCACUUGCCACUACAGGUGCGGCCCCUGCAAUUUUGAUGUACACCCUGGGUGCUUAACUAAGGCAGCUCCAAGCACCAACCCAGAGAGAACCAGCCCAGAGAGAACCAUACCAGGCAGAAGGAGAGGACGAAUAAGAAAAAUGUGGGAAGUUACGAAACUCCUAGCAAAGACCGCUUCCAUGCACCUACUCUUUGGUCACUUCGGUUUAAGUGACGCUAUGUACGCCUUGUUAUUCGGAACUGUGGACCACGAAAACAUCUCCAACAUCGUCCGUGCCCCCGUCCGCCUUCUUGUUAAAAACGGCGGCCAGAAAAUUAACUUCUGCGACCUGCCGCCUGGCUUCUGUGUUGGUGUUCACAAACAUUUGCGCUCGGAGUUUGCCUCCCUCCUUAUGGAACAUAUGACACGGAUGGUCGGAGCAACGGCGACGACGACUACUUGAUCACCGUCGAGAUGAAUGGCUCCGGCGACCUGCCUGGCGCUGACGAUCCAUUGCACGCGGGGGCUGUCUCCUUGCUUUUUACGGGUGGCCGCCGGUGAAGGUCUUCGUCGUCCUAAG